AUGGUUUCUCUUGAAGAAUCUCAUUCCAGUUCCACUCGCUUCUCACAACGGCGACCUUACUACACUCCACCUCCGUCAUGGAACAAGAUCCAGAGACCUCUCGGCCGCUCCAUGCGCACUAUCCGCUCCAAUCUCUUCCAGACCGACCACUCUUGCUCAUUUCCAGGACCAACCACACCGGAAAGAUCAGCCAAUGUCUCCGAAAACUUAACCGAUUCUGUCAUCGACCUCCGACUCGGCGAACUUGCUUCUCGUACCAACCAAUCGGUCAAGUCCUCAUCUUCAGAAGACGAUUUUUUCGAUCUGUCUCAAGCUUUCAGCGAUUUCUCGGCUUGUAGCAGCGAUAUUUCCGGCGAGUUACAGCGUCUUGCAACUCUCCCAAAUGCCGAAAACCAGGAUCCGAAUCCGAACUCGGAACCCGAACCGGAGCCGUGCUAUGGGUUCUUGCAGAGAGAGAGCUUUUCAACGGAGAUUAUAGAAAGUAUUUCGCCGGAGGAUCUUCAACCGACAGUGAAAAUCUGCAUCGACGGCCUUAAUUCGUCGUCGGUUGCUGUGAAAAGAUCGGCGGCGGCGAAAUUGAGACUACUAGCAAAGAAUCGGUCUGAUAAUCGGGCGUUGAUAGGCUCAUCCGGUGCUAUACCAGCUCUAGUACCUCUGUUAAAGAGUAGUGACCCUUCGACUCAAGAGCAUGCUGUCACAGCUUUGCUUAAUCUCUCACUCCACGAAGAGAACAAAAGCUUGAUAACAACCGCCGGCGCCGUGAAAUCCUUCGUGUUCGUGUUGAAAACCGGAACUGAAGCAUCAAAACAGAACGCGGCGUGCGCUUUGUUGAGCUUAGCUUUGGUUGAGGAGAACAAGAGUUCUAUAGGGGCUUCAGGCGCCAUACCACCAUUGGUGGCUUUGCUGAUUAAUGGGUCGAAUAGAGGGAAAAAAGACGCAUUGACUACGCUGUAUAAGCUUUGUUCAGUGAAGCUGAAUAAAGAGAGGGGGGUGAGUGCUGGGGCGGUGAAGGUGUUGGUGGGUUUGGUGGGUGAGAAUGGGACGGGGUUGGCGGAGAAGGCAAUGGUGGUGCUGAGUAGUUUGGCUGGGAUUGAGGAGGGGAAGCAGGCGAUUGUGGAGGAAGGUGGGAUUGCAGCGCUUGUGGAGGCAAUUGAGGAUGGGUCGGCCAAAGGGAAGGAGUUUGCGGUGUUGACGUUGUUGCAGUUGUGUGGUGAUAGUGUUAGGAAUCGAGGGUUGCUUGUUAGGGAAGGUGGGAUUCCUCCUCUUGUCGCUCUUUCGCAGACUGGGACUGCUAAAGCCAAGCACAAGGCUGAAACUUUACUUGGGUACCUGAGAGAACCAAGACAAGAAGCUUCUACUUCAAGCCCUUAG